AUGAGGAAACGGUUUGUGCCGGUUCAUUACCACAAAGAUCUCCACCAAAAACUCAGACACUUGCUUCAAGGAACCAAAUCUAUGGAGGACUAUUUCCAGGAAAUGGAAAGCUUAAUGAUAAAGGCGGAUGUAGAUGAAACCUUAGAAGCUACCAUGGCCAGAUUCCUUGCAGGCCUUAACCGGGACAUUCAGGACAAAAUGGAGCUUCAAGAAUAUGAAGGCUUGGAGGAAAUGUUGCACAAGGCGGUUCUAAUCGAACAACAAAACAAGAGGAAGGGUUUCUCUAAACCUUCCUUUGCUCCAAAAUCAAGUUAUCAAGAUAAAGGUAAGUCUCCAACCCCAUCAACUUCAGUUUUUAAGACUAAUGCUCCUGCUCGUUUUGAUAAAGGAAAGGCAGUCGAGACCAAUAAUUGGGCAAGGGAUAUUCGGUGUUUGAAAUGUCAAGGACUUGGACAUUAUGCCAACAAAUGUCCGAAUCAAAAGGUAAUGAUCCUUCUAGAUAACGAUGAAGUGGAGUCUGAGGACGAAAAAGAAAAAGAGGAAGAUCUCGGUCCAAUCUUUGACGAAGAGGAAGAACAAUUUGAAUAUCCAACUCAAGGGACACUUCUGGUCACUAGGAGAUCAUUGAGCGUUCAGCCUAAGUCCAAUGACCGAGAACAAAGGGAGAAUCUCUUUCACACUAGAUGUUUAGUUCAAGAUAAAGUUUGUUCUUUGAUCAUUGACGGUGGAAGCUGUACUAACGUUUCUAGUGAUUCUCUUGUUAGGAAACUUGGACUUGAGACCAGACCUCAUCCGCGACCCUUUAAACUGGAAUGGUUGAAUGAAAUGGGUGAACAAUACGUCAGGGAGCAAGUCACGGUUCCUCUUACCAUCGGCCGAUAUGAAGACGAGAUCCUGUGCAAUGUCCUUCCCAUGGAUGCAAGCCAUAUCCUUCUAGGACGACCUUGGCAGAAAAAGAUCACUUUGGUUCCUUUAACUCCAUUGGAGGUCCAUCAAGACCAGGUCCAGUUGAAGAAUAGCCGAGACAAAGAAAUUAAACCAGCAAAACCUGAGGUAUCUCCUAAGAACUCCAACUUCUUUGUCAAAGAAAGUCAAGAAUUCUUAGAUAUCUUUCCAAAAGAGAACCCUGACAGUUUGCCGCCAAUAAGAGGUAUAGAACACCAAAUUGAUUUCAUCCCAGGUGCGUCACUUCCAAACCGGUCGGCUUAUCGAACCAAUUCAUUGGAAACAAAGGGACUUCAAAAGCAGAUUGGAGAACUUCUUGAAAAAGGUUACAUCAGGGAGAGCCUAAGCUCAUUUUAUGUACCUGUUCUCCUUGUGCCUAAGAAGGAUGACUCUUGGCACAUGUGUGUUGAUUGUAGAGACAUCAACAACAUUACGGUAAAGUAUCAUCAUCCUAUUCCUAGGCCUUAUGAUAUGCUUGACGAACUGCAUGGUUCUUGUAUCUUUUCUAAGAUAGAUCUCAAAAGUGGAUAUCACCAAAUACUCAUGAAAGAGGGUGAUGAAUGGAAAACUGGUUUCAAAAUUAAGCAUGGGUUGUAUGAAUGGUUGGUUAUUCCUUUUGGGCUAACAAAUGCACCCAAUACUUUUAUGAGGUUAAUGAACCAUGUUUUGAGAAAAUUCAUUGGAAUCUUUGUUGUAGUUUACUUUGAUAAUAUCUUAGUCUAUAACAAGAAUCUGGAUGAACAUGAUCAGCAUCUAAAAGCGGUUCUAACAAUUCUUAGGGAGGAAAAGUUGUUUGCCAAUCUCAAGAAAUGCACUUUUUGUACGGAUAACCUUGUCUUUCUAGGUUUUGUUGUUAGUGCAGAUGGCAUUAAGGUUGAUGAGGAGAAAGUUAAAGCUAUAAGAGAUGUUGGAUUCAAAUGCGAGAUUAAAAGAAAGAUCAAUGACAGUGUCUACCAACUUGAUCUUCAAGAUGAUCCAGAUUUGAGGUUAAAUCCUUUUCAAAAAGAGGGGGAUGAUGUGAUCAUGGAUGGAGCUAAGGAGGAUGAACUAGUAGCUGACCUUGAACUUGAGGAAUAUGUAGCUGAGAUUGAACCAGAGGAGCUUGUUCCUGAGGAUGCUAUGCUUAUAGUUGGAGCAAAGAGAACAUGA